AUGUCAAAUUUACCGUCUCACGCCUCACCAACUUUUGGGGCGCAACCCGCUUCUUCCAAUUCCAUUGAACAGCUCUCACUUGGAUCGGAUCAGAUUGCCUCGAAUAGUAGGAUAGAUGAACUCCGUGGCGAUGCGGACAGUGUGACCGACAGUGACCGGGGAGAUAUGACCCCCGCUGUGCCAGCCUCUCUUCUCUCCCCGUCCUUUACCCCGCCAGCAACCCCAGGUGGAACAUUCAAUCCGGCGCAAUUGCUCCAACAAGCACAGCAACCUACCAGUUCCAAGCCGCCGAAACUCCUCUCGCGCCUACCCGAUGUCGAAUGCAUUGUUCGUGCCCGUAUCCCGACGACCACGGGCGCAGAGAUGUUCCUUCACCUCUACCAUAACGACUUGGAUAACAAAGAACAUUUGGCAAUUGUCUUUGGCAAUACAAUCCGCAGCCGGAGCUUGGACAAAGUUCGACCUGGCGAGACCGAAAUGGAUCGCAUGAUUCGUGGUGCCUAUGUCGGCAAACUCCACCCUGGUCGGGUCAGCAGCUGGUAUGAGGAAGGGAACGCUGAGGGAGCGGAAGACACGCAAAGGGCCGAUGAGAGUACCCCGAGUCAAGCGCCACUUGUGCGAAUCCAUUCAGAAUGCUAUACCGGAGAGACCGCCUGGUCUGCACGUUGCGAUUGCGGUGAACAACUUGAUGAGGCAGCAAGACUCAUGUCAUUCCCCAUGGAAACUUUGUCCGAACUCGCAUCACAGCAGUCAGUACCCGUCGCUUCGAACGCUUCUGGUGGUGUGAUUGUCUACCUCCGGCAAGAAGGACGAGGAAUCGGCCUCGGCGAAAAGCUCAAAGCGUACAACUUGCAGGAUCUCGGAUCAGAUACCGUCGAGGCCAAUCUCCUGUUGCGACACCCGGCCGAUGCUCGAAGCUAUGGUCUAGCUACCGCCAUCCUUGUCGACCUUGGCCUCGGAGAAGAUGCCAAUCCCCACGGUAUCCGACUCCUCACGAACAACCCUGAUAAGGUGCGCGCAGUCGAGGGCCCCAACCGCGAGGUCGUGGUUAAGGAGCGCGUGCCAAUGAUUCCCUUGGCAUGGAGAUCGGGCGGAAAGGCCGGCAUUACGAGUACAGAGGUAGAGGGAUAUCUUAGGACCAAGAUUUCCAAAAUGGGGCACAUGAUUCAGUAG